AUGAAUCAAGUUGAUGAUUAUGAUUAUUUCUGUCAUAGUUGUGAAGAUGUAAAAAGAACUAGUGAUGUUGAAAUUAUUUAUAAUGGUGAAAUAAAAUGUAAGGGUUGUAACAACGUAGGAUUUGUUGAGAAAAUCGAUGAAGAUGACCCUUUGAGUUUCCAUUCAUUACAUGUGAGUAGAGAUACAGGAGAAAGUAGAAGUGGACAUAAUAACAGAAAUAAUAAUAAUAAUAGUGAUAGUAAUAAUAAUAUAAAUAAUAGACAUUAUAGUUAUAGAAAUAUGAACAAUUUUGGUUAUCGUACUAAUAUUCCAACAAGAAGCCGAAGAAAUUAUGAUAACAAUAAUAAUAAUAGUGGUAAUAAUAAUCACAACCAUAGUAGUAGUAAUAAUAAUAAUAAUAAUAGUAGAAGUAGUCAUGUGAGAGGAGAACAUGAUAAUUUUUUUAAUGAUUUUAUGUUAUUUAGAAAUAUGUAUCAGCAAAUAUUUAAUCCUACUUUUCGAUCUGCAGAUGCAGAAGUGCAUUUCACAGCUGCUGUAGGUUCGUCAAACAAUUCUAAUGAUAUUAAUAGAAAUAAUAAUAAUAGAAAUAAUAAUAACAACAACAAUAAUAAUAAUAACAACAAUAAUAAUAAUAACAAUAAUAACAACAAUAAUGACCAUAAUAAUGAAAAUAAUAAUGAACAUAAUAAUAGCAAUGUAGGUAGUAGAAGUUCUAGUCGUAUUAAUGAAAAUAGAAACGAUAGUAACACAAAUGAGACUAGCCAAAAUGAAAAUAGGAAUAGAAAUAUAUUUGGAAGAACCUAUAGUUAUAAUAGGAAUACAAGAAAUCCAAGAAUAAUAACAAGAGCUAUUGAUAUAACAAAUAUACCUUUUAAUACUCCAGGACGUUUUAAUUUUCAUGAUUUAAUAGAUAACAUGUUUGCAAAUACAUUUGACAACAUAUCUCUAGAUCAAGUAUUAACAAUAAUAAUGGAAAGCGAUCCAUCUCGAAAUGGUCCUCCACCAGCUUCAGAAGAAGUUAUUAAGAAUUUGAAAGUAGAAAAACUAACAGAAGAGAGAGCAAAAGAAUUAGAAUCAUGUGCAAUAUGUAGAGAAGAAUAUAAAGAAAAUGAUGAGGUUCAUAGAAUUACAGACAAUGAGAGAUGUAGACAUGUAUUUCAUUGUUCUUGUAUUAUUCCAUGGUUGAAAGAAAGAAAUUCAUGUCCUACAUGCAGAUUUGAAUUACCUACUGAUGAUCAGGAAUAUAAUUGUAAGAGGGAAGAAUUGAGGGAAAGAUUGAAUUCUGAAAUGUCUAGAAAUAAUACUUACAAUAAUGAUAAUAAUAAUAAUAAUAAUGAUAAUACUAAUAAUGAUAAUACUAAUAAUAAUGAUGGCAGUAAUAAUAAUAAUAAUAAUAAUAAUAAUAAUGAUGGUAGUAAUAAUAACAAUAAUAGUAACAAUAAUAAUAAUAGUCGUAGACAUAAUGUAAGUGAAACAAAUUAUAGUGCUUUAGGAGAUGACUACGAUAUUAAUAUAUUAGAUUCUUUUACAAAUGAGCAAACUACUUCAAUACUACAACAAGUUUUUAACAGUUUUUUAUCAGGAAAUAAUGAUUCUUAUAGAAUAGACAGAAUUUAUUUAUCACCUGAUAAUUUUUUUACUCACAGCAGUAAUAGAAAUAGAAGCAGUGUAAAUAUUAAUGAAGAAAAUCCAGAUGUUAUUCAAGUUGAAGAAACACGCUCUGAAUGUAAUGAGUCAUAUGAAGAAAGGAAUGAAAAUAAUAGAAAGGAAGAAAUAAAUAGGGAGGAAGGAAAUGAAGAAGAGAAAAGAAAUAAGAGGAAAAAAACAAAUGAUCAUGAUGAUAAUAAGGAUAUAUAUAAUAGUUCAAGUGGUAGUAGUAGUAGUAAUAAUAAUAAGGGGAAUGAAAAAAAUGAAGGUAAUGAAGAUAUGUCUAAUGUGUCAAGUGGUAAUAAUAAUAGAAGUUCAUCAUCAAGACAGAAUAAUUAUAAUAGUAGAUAUCGUUAUAGUAAUUAUAGACGUAGUAAUAGACGUAAUAUGAAUCAAGAUUAUUUUAAUAUACAAGAUGAUGAAGUAGAGGAAGAAAAUUAUUACUACUGUACACCUAAAAAUGAAACUAAUAAAAAUAAUAACAGAGGUCAAAGAAAUAAUGAUUCAGAAAAUGUAAGAAAUAAUAAUGAUAAUAAUAAUAACAACAAUAAUAAUGAUGAUAAUAAUAAUAACACAAGACGUAGGAAUAAUUAUUAUGAUAAUAAUACAUAUAACCCAUCUUAUUUACAUGAAAAUGUUUUUGAUACAUCGAAUGUAUAUGUAAUAAGUGAAAGAACAAAUUCGAAUGAUAGAAGCAACGAUAAUAAUACGAGAACUAUAUCGCAGUUAUAUUUAACAGAUUUAAGUGAUGUUUUUGCUAAUAUAAAUUAUAGUUGUAAUUUUAAUAAUGAUCAUUAUAUUGUAAAUAAUGAUGCUGGUGGAAGAGAUGAUGGAAGAGGUGAUGGAAGAGAUGAUGGAAGAGGUGAUGGAAGAGAUGAUGGAAGAGGUGAUGGAAGAGAUGAUGUAAGAGGUGAUGAAAGAGGUGAUGAAAGAGGUAAUGAAAGAGAUGGUGGAAAAGACGAAGGAGAAAAAAAUGUAAAUUCUGAACACGUUGAAUCUAAUACAAAUGAUACAGGAGUAUCUAUAGGUGUCUCAAAAGAAAACAAAUUAAAUGAUAAGAAUGAAAAUAAUGUAAAGGAUAAAAGAGCAUCGUUUGAUAUAAAUACAGGUAAAUCAAGUACAACUAAAAAAAAUGAAAAGAGAUUAUAUGAAAGGGUUAAUAAUAAUACUUAUAGUAAUGCGAGUAAUAGUAACAAUAGCACAAGGAGAAGUCGAGACAGUGAUAAUGAAAAAGAGGGAACUCGAAAAAAAUCAAGAAAUUAUAAAAAUGAAGAGGAAUACAGAAAAAGCAUUAAUGGUAAUAAUAAUAAUAAAAACAACAUCAUCAAUAAUAAUAAUAAUAAUAAUAAUAUUAAUGAAGAUAGAAGACAUAGUAACACCAGCAGUAGUUAUAAAUAUAAUAACAAUACAGACAAUACUCAUAACCACAACCCUUCUGAUGUUCUUAAUAAUAAUGAUUCAAACGAAGAACAAAGGAAUACUACCAGAAGACAAAGUACUGUCAAAAAAUAUCUGUUCGAUAAAUUAAAUUGGUUAAAAAGUUAUGAUAAUAAAGAUAAAAAAAAAAAUGAAAAAAAUAAAGAUGGAAGUAAUAAAACUGAUGAAAAUGACACAGAACAUAAUCAAAAUGAUGAUAAUGCUACAGGUAUGUCGAAUGAAAAUAAUGAUGAUCAUAUAUAA